AACAUGGUGGCCGCGUCGUCCCCAGACAGGAGCGGCGGCGGGUCCGGUGGCUCCUGAGGAGGCGGCGGGCGCGGAGAAAAGCUCCAGGCCGGGAGCGCCGCCACCCUUGGGGCGGACGAGGGGCGCCCGGUGGCGGCUGUCGGCGGGGCGAGCCGGCGGCAGGAAGUACUGACAUAACCAUGAUAGAAGACAAAGGUCCACGAGUGGCUGACUAUUUUGUAGUGGCAGGGCUCACUGAUACAGAUACUGCAACCCUCCUGGACCAAGAAAUAAGCCGACAUGAAACAAAGUCAACUGGUCCAAAGGCUCCAAUUACUGAUAUUGCUGUGAUAAUUAAAUCAGCUGGUGAAACUGUCCCAGAGGGAUAUACCUGUGUUGAAGCCACCCCUACAGCCCUUCAAGCCAACUUAAACUAUGGAAGUCUAAAGAGUCCUGAACUUUUUCUUUGCUACAAGAGAGGCCGGGACAAACCACCUCUUACUGACAUCGGAGUUCUAUAUGAGGGGAAGGAACGCAUCAUUUCAGGCUGCGAGGUGAUUCAAGCUACUCCUUAUGGUCGUUGCGCUAAUGUUAACAACAGUUCAGCUUCUUCUCAACGGAUCUUUAUCACAUAUCGAAGGGCUCCUCUAGUACGACCUCAAAAUUCAUUGGCAGUGACCGAUAUCUGUGUUAUUGUUACCAGCAAAGGAGAAACUCCUCCUCAUACAUUCUGCAAAGUAGAUAAGAAUUUAAAUUGUGGUAUGUGGGGUUCCAGUGUGUACCUUUGUUACAAGAAGUCUGUGCCAGCUUCUAACUCCUUAGCAUAUAAAGCUGGCUUAAUUUUCAGAUAUCCUCAAGAAAACUAUGAGUCAUUCCCACUAUCGGAAUCCGUACCUCUCUUCUGCCUUCCUAUGGGAGCUACUAUUGAGUGCUGGGACCCACAAACCAAAUAUCCACUACCAGUGUUCUCAACAUUUGUACUGACCUGCUCUUCUGCAGAAAAGGUUUAUGGUGCUGCUAUUCAGUUUUAUGAGCCUUAUCCCCGGGAGCUGCUAACAGAAAAACAGCAAUUGCAGCUGGGUCUCCUGACAGCUGUAGAGAGGAAAGUGGUUACUUCCAAGUCCAUCAAUUCCAACAAAUGCAUCUGCCUUCUCUCACACUGGCCUUUCUUUGAAGCAUUUCGAAAAUUUCUUAUGUUCAUCUACAAACUCUCUGUCUCUGGACCUCAUCCUCUUCCCAUUGAAAAGCACAUAUCCCAUUUUAUGCACAAUAUACCUUUCCCUUCACCACAAAGGCCAAGAAUUCUGGUGCAGCUUUCUGCCCAUGAUGCAUUAAUAUUGUCUCAGCCAGUUUCUACACCAUUGCCAUUAAGUGGAGCAAACUUUAGCACUCUGCUCAUGAAUCUUGGACCGGAAAACUGUGCCACUCUGUUGCUCUUUGUAUUACUAGAAGGCAAGAUCCUCCUCCAUUCUCUUAGACCAGCUGUGUUGACAGGAGUUGCUGAAGCUGUAGUAGCUAUGAUAUUUCCAUUUCAGUGGCAAUGUCCAUAUAUCCCUCUCUGUCCUUUGUCUCUGGCCACCGUACUCAGUGCACCUGUUCCAUUUAUUGUUGGAGUUGAUUCACGAUACUUUGAUCUGUAUGAUCCACCACAGGAUAUUGUGUGCAUUGACUUAGACACAAACAUGGUGUACAUAUCAGAUGAUAAGAAGAGCACCAACUGGAAGCAGUUUCCUAAGAAGCCUUGUAAAAGUUUGCUCAGCACCUUAAAGAAACUGCACCCACAGCUGGCAGCAGUUCACAGGAAAACUCAAGAAGGCUCUGCAGUGGAGAUGACUCCUAUUGAGGCAGAUUUUUCCUGGCAGAAGAAGAUGAUAGAACUUGAGAUGGAGAUCCAGGAAGCUUUUCUCCGUUUCAUGGCAUCUAUUUUAAAGGGUUAUAGAACAUUCCUCAAGCCAAUCACGCAAGCACCUUCAAAUAAAGCAACUGCUGCUGAUUCCUUGUUUGAUCAUCAAGGAUUUUUAAAAAGCAGAGACCGUGCCUAUACAAAGUUCUACACACAUCUCACCAAAACGCAGAUAUUCAGCCGCUUUAUUGAAGAGUGCAGUUUUGUGAGUGACAAGGAUACUGGCUUGGCAUUUUUUGAUGACUGCAUAGAAAAGCUUUUUCCAGAUAAAGGAACAGAAAAAGGAGAAAAGGUUGAUGUAGAUUCUGUUGAAGAUGCACGGUUGAUUGAGCUUGAUGAGUCACAAAAAAGUGAACACACAGUGUUCAUAAUGCCACCAGAACCUCCCGCUGAUGACGGACAGGAGCGAGUGCCAAAAUACAGCUAUAAAAACUUCCCACGACUAGAUUUCAAGCUCUUUGACAGGCCACAGGAGCUCAAGCUCUCCUUCAGCAGACACCCAGCUGGAAGCAGCAUUUCAAAUAGUCCAGCACUCAUGGCAAAGAGGACAAAACAGGAGAUAAAAACAGCUCAUAAAUUAGCCAAGAAGUAUUAUGUAAGCCCCCCACAAUGGGCUAAGUGUCUCUUCAGUCAUAGUUACAGCCUAUGGUUUAUUUGUCUGCCAGCGUACAUCAGAGUUGCACAUCCCAAGGUCAAAGCACUGCAACAGGCAUACGAUGUUCUAAUUAAAAUGAGGAAAACUGAUGUGGAACCACUAGAUGAGGUCUGCUACAGAGUUGUAAUGCAGCUCUGUGGACUGUGGGGUCAGCCUGUUCAGGCCGUGAGAGUCCUCUUUGAAAUGAAAAAUGCUGGAAUACAGCCAAAUGCCAUCACCUAUGGUUAUUACAAUAAGGCGGUAUUAGAGUCUCCUUGGCCUAGCAGUAACCGCAGUGGCAUAUUCCUGUGGACAAAGGUACGAAAUGUAGUUCGUGGCACAGCACAAUUUAGGCAGUGCUUAAAGAAAUCAACGCAGAGCCUACAAGUACCUGUGAUUUCAGCUCUGCGGAGUACCACGGGUGGAAGUGAUGGGGACAUGGUGAGCCAUGGUAGCGUGGAUAGUUCUAAUGAUGCUAACAGUGGGGAGCACACUGUCUUCGUCAGUGACUUAGUCAGGCUUGAUUCCAUUGAUAAUCACUCUAGCACAGGUGGUCAGUCAGACCAGGGCUACGGGUCAAAGGAUGAACUUUUAAGAGAUGAUGGAGAUAGUCUUCAUGCAACUGAAACACAAGUAGAGAAAGAUAUUUCUUCUAAAGCUGAAGACCUAAUAGGAGAGGUUUGUACUGAGAAAUCUGAUGAAAAGCAACAGCUGAAUAUAGAAACACAUAGUCCAACGGACCCACCUUCUUGGGGUAACAGCAUUGUGAAAGUUCCAUCUGGCAUUUUUGAUAGCAGUGGAAGGAAGAGCAGUGGUGAAGCAGGUUCCAGCCCACUGUUCAUAACUCAGGAUUCAGUUGAAGAUGUAGUCUUUGGUGAUGUUUCUCCUAAGAAAACAAGUGAAAAAGGACAGAAGAGGCAGAAACUGUUUUCAGAGAGAAGCUGCAGUUUCAGCAGUGAAAGCAGAGCAGGAAUGCUGCUGAAAAAAGGCAGCUUGGACUUGCAUUCUAAAGAAAUAGCAAUAAUGAUGGGAGCAGAUGCCAAGAUUCUAACAGCAGCUUUAUCUGGGUCCAAAACUUCACCGUGUCAUUUGAAUAAAUCCCACAGCUUUGAAAGUAUUGUUGACCAGCAGGUUUCUGGCGUAAGUGGCACUUGGAGUUGUGUGACUGAGAGUGAUUGGGAAUUGGAGCAUAGGUCUUCACCGGUGCUGGAAGAACCUGGGGAAGGGCAGGAACAUCUUGAGAAUGGAGGAGAUGAAAACAUGACCACCGUGGAAGACAUGAACCUUGAACAGUCAGCUGAGUCAAAAAAACGGAAACCAGAAUCCAAAGAUGCAACUACUAAAAGGAAUAGCUUUUAUGGAGUGGUUAAGCCUAUUGAAAGGGAAGAUGUUGAAGUAGGCUUGGACCCUUUAUCUUUGCUGGCUACUGACAGCAUGCAACCAAGGCAUCCGGAACCUGAGGAAAAGUUGGUGUCACCAGUUGCAGCACGUAAUUUGGCAGAUGAAAUAGAGAGCUAUAUGAAUCUGAAGAACCCGUUGGGUAGUAAGUUUCCCAGCAUGGAACUGCACAAGCCAGAAAGGGAAACAGAAGCCUCUGGUACACUUGGUCACUCCCAAGAAAGGAGGUCAAGCCUGCCUUUGGAUCCUGUCCUGCCAUCCCCCAAGUCUUAUGAAAAUCGGAGAAGUCCAUCUGUCUCCAGAUCCAAAACAUUCACUGGACGACCAAAGCAACAAACCCAUCCACGAGUUCAAAAGGAGCGGUCUUCAUCUUUGACAGGACUGGGUCGUUCUUCUCCACAUGGCUCAUUAGGAUCUGUUGUAACAACUUUAUCCAAUCUGAAGUUAGACAAUAUACUGUCUGGACCAAAAAUGGAUGUUCUGAAAUCAGGCAUGAAGCAGGCUGCCAAUGUGGCCAGUAAGAUGUGGGGAGUUGUAACUUCAGCAUAUAGUUAUUCAGAUGAUGAGGAAGAAAACAAUCGAGCUGACUUUAACUUCCCUGCUGGUUUUGAAGAUAAUAUUUUAGGAGAUAAUCUGUCAUCAAGAACUGGUGUCCCGGGGCUAAUUACGAAUGAGCUUGCACAAAGCACUACUAGUCUAGGCAGUAGCAGUAGCAGUGGAGAUGCAGGAAGACAACAUUACAGUGCAGGUGAAGUUUCAUUCCCAAGAAGUAUGAAAGUCCUAGAUUCUGAGAAGUCAGAGCACAGCUCUUCACAUAAUACUAGUUUAUCCAGCAUUUUCCAGAACUAUGCAAUGGAGGUAUUGAUGUCAAGCUGCUCUCAAUGUAGAGCUUGUGAUGCUUUGGUUUAUGAUGAAGAAAUUAUGGCUGGGUGGACAGCAGAUGAUUCAAACUUGAACACCACCUGUCCUUUCUGUAAAAGUACCUUCCUACCUUUACUUAAUGUUGAAUUUAAAGACCUACGUGGCUCUGCAAGCUUUUUCCUGAAGCAAAGUACCUCAGGAGAUAGUUUACAGAGUGGUACCCUUCCAUUAACCAUGGAUCCCCUGGAGCACAAACUGUCAUCCAGCCCAGCUGUUGCUGACUUGAUCAGUUUUUCAGAUCAUGCACAGCCCAGCCACACCAUAGCUGAAGAAACUAGCUCUGCAGCUGAGCAGAGUGAUGUGGCAGAAGAUCAGAGUAAAGAUCCCAGAACCAUGAAGACAUCUGCCAAUAAUCCACCAAAAAGAGGAGUGUCCUUGACUCGGAGCCACAGUGUUGGAGGUCCACUGCAAAACAUUGAUCUUUCCCAGAGACCAUCUCAUGGCAUUUCAACAGUUAGUCUUCCAAAUAGUUUGCAAGAAGUUGUGGAUCCUUUAAGAAAAAGACCUAACCCUCUUGCUGUAUCUGUACCCUACUUGAGUCCUUUGGUACUGCGUAAGGAGCUUGAAUCACUGUUGGAAAAUGAGGGAGAGCAAGUAAUUCAUACACCCAAAUUCAUCAAUCAGCACCCUAUAAUUUUCUGGAACCUAGUUUGGUAUUUCCGACGGUUGGAUCUACCUAGCAACUUACCUGGACUCAUUCUAACAUCUGAACACUGUAAUGAUGGAGUGCAGCUUCCUUUGACAUCUCUUGCUCAAGACAGCAAGCUAGUCUACAUCCAUCUUCUGUGGGACAAUAUCAACCUCCACCAAGAGCCAGGGGAGCCCCUGUACAUAUCUUGGAGGAAUCUCAAUUCUUCUGAAAAGACACCCACCACAGUGGCAGAAGAUCAGCAGGCAACAAAGGCUUUGUUGGAGAACAUCAAACUAAGUAUUCAACACAAUAAUGUUGUUAAACCAAUCAACCUCCUUCUACAGAAAGUUAAGCCAGAUGUGAAACGACAGAGGAGUUUUUACAGAGAAAUUCUUUUCCUGUCAUUGGUGUCUCUUGGAAGAGAGAACAUUGACAUUGAGGUCUUUGAUAGUGAAUACAGGCUUGCACAUAAAAAUCUACCAAAGGAUGUUCUUGAAAAGAUGCAAAAGAUAGAUGCUCCACCAAGCAGCAGGGUUGAGUGCUGUCGGAAGUGCUUUGGAGCACCUUUAAUAUAAAAAUGAGAAAGACACACGCUAAACUUCAAUGAGACAAAAGCAGAGGUGAACAAACCAGGAGCAUCGUGAGAUAUACACUUUGAAUCCCAAAAGGUGAUAAUUAAGCAAUUUGUCAAAGCAAUUUCAUUGAGCUACAACAUAUAUUCUUGUCUUUCGUCUCAUGAGACACAGUGUAAAGCACGUUAAAAUGUUUUAAAACUAUAUAAUAGGGUGAGUUGGUUUCAGUGAUCGAUCUGCUUUUUUUCCUUGUAUAUACUUCUCCUUUUCCAUCCUCAAAUCUUUCCCCUACAAUAUCAAGUUGUUCAAAAAGGCUGAUCAACAGCAGCCUGUAGUUGGUGACUUUCUUAAGAGCCACCAAUAUUGGUGUAUUUUAAUGAACUCACUUUCCUGCCGCAGAAGACAUAAGAUCCUUCACUACUUCUUUAAAAUGACCUUUACCUAAAGAGGAAUCUUUUACUGGUGUGCAGUAUGUAUGCAAGAAUGUAAAUAUUUGAGUCCUUGGAUUGGAAGUUGCAACAAUGCAGUUGCUUUUGUCAGAUCACAGUACCUAAAAUUGCUACCCUUCACCUUGUCCCAAUCAGUAUUCUAAAUUAUCUUUGGCUGACAUUUCAUAGUGUAUGUCUAUAGUUGUAAAAACCAGAAACUUAGACUCAGUUUUCCUGUAUUCAUUGACAAAUUAAAGAUCUUACGAACGUUGCCGCUUUCUCCAGAAGAAUGAUAGGCUUCUACAGUAAGCAGCUCAGAAAUGGGUGGCUUUCUAAGAAUGAGAUAAGAAGAUUAAAUGGCAUUAGGAUACAUAAAACAUUCGUCAAACAGAUACUGUCUGAAAAAACCAUGCUUUAUACUGUAUGCAUGUGUGCUUAAAAAGUGUCUUUUCCUUGAAUUCUUUAUCACCUUUUCCCAUGGUUUCAUGCUAGCCUGUGGGUUAAUUAUUUUGCACUGAUAGUUCAAAUUCAAUAUUUCAAUUAAAAUGUAUUUAUAAAUGUGGUCUUCAAGGUGUAUAUUAGCACAAAUGAAGUGCUUGAGUGUAUGAUCUGAAAAGAUUAAUCCAUCUUUUGGAUUGCUUCUAGUAGAUAAGACACUUCCUCACCUUACAUAUCUCAUUGACUACAGUAGUCAUAGUCUUUGCAAGAAGAGCCUGGAUACUGGUCAACAGGUUAAAUGUUUCUGGUACUUGAGGAAUAUGAUAAGAUUGAUUCCAGGUUUUUUGCUGAAAUUUAGUGGUGUGGCUUUUCUGAUGGAAUUAUUCUUAGAGAAAAAAAAAGUUAAAAUUUGUAGCAUGUUAAAGGAGCAUAGCUAAAACUAUAAUCACAUUUGAGUAUGAAUGUAUUUACUUCGUACUACUCUCUUUCUUAAGAAUUUUCACUCUUGAAAAUGAUGAGGGAUGAAGAUCUGUCUGGAACAGCUUCUACAUGAAACAACAAAACCAACUUUUGUUUUUUCAUGAGGCUAAAGCAAAGGAUUUGCACUAUUAGUGAGAAAAUACAUUUGCAUCAUAGACUGAUUCCUUGUAUUUUGUCUAAAAGUGCUGAUCCUAAGUUAAUAUGGGGAUAUUGCCUGGACAGAUUCUCUCCUGAUGAAAAUAUUGUGCUUGCUCAACAAUUAAAAGCAAGAAAGCACACACUGGCUUUUUUUUUAAUUCUUUAUUCUUUGAGUUUAUGCACGGUUGGCUGCAGAUAUCUGACCUACAUCACAAUGGAAGAGUAGAGCUUGAUUCUUCACAUUUUCCUCUCUUCUCCUAUUACAUAAUUGACAUACGCCGUUCCAUCCUUUUAAAGUAAAAGUCUUGCUGAAGCAUUUGUCCAAACAACUUAAUACUUCUACAAAUCAAAAUGGCAAAAUUUUCUGUAUAAAGCUAUACUGAUCUUAACACUCAAAAAUUAUCUUUGUAUAGCUGUAUGUUUAAAUGGACAAACAUAUGAUUAUGUAAUGCAACUUGCAAGGAAUCAAGUUUUCGUUACCUGUAAAUUCUCCCAGCUCAUUAAAUUGCAAAGAAAAUCCAUCCAGCGAGUGCUGUUUUAGAGAACUGAUGACAUCCAAAUUGUUUUAAACCAUUGUAAAUGAUAUUAUUAUGAACUAAAUUCUGUAAGCAGAUCACCUUCUUUUCAAAACAACCUUCCCAUCUGUUGCUUAAAAUACAGAUUAAUCAGGCAGUAGUGUUGUAGAAACAGCAAAGCAGAUUGUGUCACAGCAUCUAGUGCUAAAUGUUAGACUUUCCCCAGGUAUAUACACUAAACAAGAAAAACCCUAAAGCCCGAGGGGAAGACAGCUACAGGAUUGAACUUGCUUUGAUUUGCUCCUGUAUAUUGGCAUUUCUGUACACUACAAAUUAACUUCUAUUCCUGUUGUAUGUACCUGGACUUCAGAGUGGUAGAAGUUCUUCAUGCAACUACUUGAAAUCUUGAAUCUGCCUAUUGAAAUUAAUUCUUUAAUAUAGAAUGACAAAAGUAAGCGCUCACUCUUUCUAAUUUUGGGCUUUUUUUAAUGCCUAGUUUUUAAUGGCUAACUAAUCAGCUGGUUCUUGAAUGAAAUCUGUAGUUAAAUGCAAAGAGAGAUUUCUGAAAGUGAUUUGUUUAUUAAGGUUUCAUCUAAGAGGAUGCUUUUUUGGGGGAAAAAAAGAGUUCACAAAAAUUGGAAAGGAAUUAAGAACUGAGUGUUUUUUUCCUGGUUGCUUUCUCUCCUUUCAAACGCAUGAUGGCACUUCCUGUUCUUCCUUUGACUUUUAGGUCUCCUCCUACAAACAGGUAGAGACUGCAGUUUUUUCCUACACAAACUUUCUGAGAUGUAGGCUUCCCUAAUUUGAAUGCUGAAAGAACUAGUGAGCAUGCCUAAGAGAAGGGCACGGCAUAAAACAGUUCAGCAUGGCUCAAUACUCCUAUGGUUGAAUAUCUGGCCAAAAAUAAACAGGGAAAAGUCUUCAAAAAUUUUUUGUGAGUGCAUCGCAAACACUUUUGUCUUUCUGAAAAUUGGGCACUAAAGGGGUAAUGAGUUCUUCUCUGCAAGUUAGUAGUAACAGCAUGAACUUUUUAGGCUGCAUGGAAAUUACUUAGUUACCUACAAAUGCUUCUAAUUUGUUUGACACCGCACUCCUAGUAAUCCUAGUAAUCCAGAUUUACCUGAAUCCAUAAUGCAUGAAUGAGCUAGACAAAGAGUUCUGAAGGAGGAGUGUGGAUAAGCUUGAUCUUUGUUCUGUUUUCCUUUCAGUGUAAGCAGAAAAAGUAUUAUUUUGCUCACUUGCAAAACUCUUCCCUACAAAUACUUCUUUUAGUUGCUCAACAGCCACUGUUCAGGAGAUGGCUUUUCUGUGUGUAUUUUGGAAUUGUCAUGUAUAAACGUGAAGAAAAUGGCUGCAGAUCAGUAUUAACUUCAAAACCUGCAGUGUGUGCACAAGGUGAGGGUAUAAACCAAACUGAUUACAUACAUGGAUGCAAACUGUUAAUGAACCUCUGGUAAGCCCAAGAACUUUGAAAGUUUGUGUUGGAAUAAUAGUUAUCACACAGAAGCUUCCUUGAAUUGUUGCCCUAAGGAUGUUGAACUGCAGUCAGUUAUGCUGAGGAGAUACUAUCUUGCACCUUUCACCAGCUAUAAAACAGUUACAUACUGCUUGUGUGCUUACAUCAAAAUAGCUAUUUUUUUGUAGAAUUAAAACAACAAAUGGGGUCUUAAAGGUUUAAAAUCAGGAUUCUUAAGUGACAAAGUUUUUCUUUAUGAAUUAUAAAUAUAUUCUGGCACACAACAACUUCCAAAACCCCAUAGGUAUAGGAGACUGUUGUGGCUGCAGUAUUGGCACAGUAAUAGGUACCAGCUUUUACAUGUUACUAGAUGCAUCUGUAUGUUACAUAUAGUCAUAUCCUGUCUUCACAUUUUAUAUAACUCAAGUUUAGACAAUACAAUUUUAAUGGAAAAUAUUUUAUUUAGUAUAUAUGUUUCAAACUAAAUUCAUUUUUUUGCAAGUAACUUAGUCUUGUUCCUAGUGAAAUUUCACAGUGGUUAAGCUCAAGCUACAUUGCACUUGUGAAUGAGUAAUUUUAUUCCAUUUUAACUGUGAAUUAAUGGCUUUUGUAUUGCUGCAGCUAGAAGAAUAUACCUUUCAUUGAGUUUACUGCUUUCCUUGAAUAACUGCAACAUAGGGGAUA